UUUCUCGAAAUGGUAACAUCUCGAAAAUGUUGUAAUUAUAUAUACUUUGAAUAUUACUUUGAAUAUUACUUAAUAAAAUAUUAUUAAUCAAUAAAUAGAGUAAAAAUCAUCAAAUUUAUUAUACUUAACUUUUAUGAGAAUUGCAUACUUGAAUAACAAAACCUGUGGCAUACAACGUUAAUAUACAGGAUUUCUAAAGUAAAAACAUGGCAUGUUUAAAAAUGCUACUAAGUGGCAGUUUAACAUUCAUCAUCACGACAACUCUUGUUACCGCCAUACUCAUUACGAAUUCAUUACCGAAAUAUUACCCAAAUCGUUAUGACAUCAAGCUUAAAACAUAUAUUAAUAGUAAUAAGUUCUACGGUGAAUCCAAUAUUACUAUGUUUUUUCGUGAGCCAACACAGGAGAUAAGUUUAUAUGCAGAAGGAUUAUGCAUAAUUGAUAUAAUUUUAAUUCAAUCUUUAGAAGGAAUUGAUAAAGAUGCUAAAAAAAUUAAAAUUAUUGAAUCAAAUUAUACAUAUGAUAAAGAUACGCAUAUUAUCGACCUUUAUUCCAUGGAAGUACUUCUGAAAGAAUGUAUCAUAAAUGUGAGAUUCGCAGGUGCUCUACAUGAUAACAGAGGAAUUAGAACUUUCUACAAAAGACGUAAAAAUAUAGCAUAUGAGAAGUGGCUGCCUGCAAUAUGUUUUUUGAAAGCUGACAGGCAAGAAAUAUUUUCAUGUUGGGAUGAUGUGCGUCUUGCAAGCAAAUUUAAAAUUUCUAUAAUGCACCAUAAAAAUUACGAGAUUUUGUCGAAUAUGCCAAAGCAUGAAGAGGAAGCAAAUGAAAAGGGAAUGUUGUGGACACAUUUUGAUACCACUCCUGAAAUGUAUAUUUAUUUGCUCGCUGUAGUUAUGGCUAGUAAAUCAAUAUUUCACGAACUGUAUACAAUUGAUUAUAUCACAUUAUGGGGUAGACCAAACUAUUUAUCUGAUUUGUGGUAUGCACAAAGUGUCAUGGGAAAUGUCACGACGUUUAUACACAAUAUUAAAUGGAAAAGGUUAAGAGAAAUUCAGAAACUAGAUAAUAUCGCAAUUCCAGAUUAUCAGGAUUAUGACACGUCAAGUACAGGACUUAUUUUUUAUAGAGAAUCAGAUAUUUUAUAUAAUAAAGAUGCAGAUCCAGCUGGGCGUAAAAUCGAAGUAGCGCGCUUAAUAGGAUAUAAAAUAUCACAGGAAUGGCUUCCUCACUUUCAUAUGUUCUGUUCUCUUAGUCCUUGGGUGCAAAAAACUUUGGCCACAUUUAUGGGAACGUACGCUGUUGAUAAGGUUUUUCCAGAGACUCGGAUGAUGGAUUUGUUUGUCGUCCAAAUUCAACAUGAAGUUUUAUUCUGGGAUGGUUAUUUUGAAUCACAAACCCCCUUUUCUGAAGCAAUUUCUUAUUUAAAAGGAUCCGUUAUAUUGCGUAUGCUGCAACAUGCUUUUACCGAAGAAUCUUUUUGGAAUCAUAUAAUUUGGGGAAUGGAAUUAUGCAUAUUUGAGUCGACUUUGCAAACUGCUUAUAUUAAUGAACAGAAAUGGGAUUCACUCGUACCAACGCAAGAACAAUUUGAUGUCAUUAGUAGUAAUGCAGAGCAAUUGAAAAGUUGGCUAAAUCAUAAACGUUAUCCUAUUAUAAAAGUGAUGCGAAUAUAUCAACCAAUGACACUUACAGUCGAGAGGGUAAUAAUAGAAAUUAACAGUGCAACAAAAAAUUUGAGUAUACCUUUGACUUAUACUACGCAGAUGCAACCAAAUUUUUAUAAUACUACACCUAACAAUUGGCUAAUCUAUAAAGAAUCACAUGAAAUACCAUUUACUAAACAAUUUAUUCAGGAGGUUAAAAAUCUUGAAAGCAAUCAAUGGAUAAUAUUUAAUUUACAACAAACUGGAUAUUAUCGCGUAAAUUAUGAUAAUGAAAAUUGGAAAAGGAUUUCAAAUUAUUUAAAAUCUGAGAAUUAUGUAAAUAUACACGUUCUCAAUCGUGCCCAAAUUAUCGAUGAUGCUUUUCACUUAAUGCUGGCAUACCAAAUAAGUGCCUUCAGAUUCUGGGAUAUCGCGGAUUAUUUAAAGCAAGAAACAGAUUAUGUGGCCUGGUAUCCUAUGUUCAAAGCUCUAGAAUACAUGUCGCGCAUUUUUAGCAUGGAUCUUUUCGGUAGAAAACUUUCUGUGAAGGUACUAAUGCGAACUAUAUUAAAUGAAUUAUUGAAGAAAAUUUAUUACACAGAAGUUUCUAACGAAGAUGAACAUAAAAAAUGUUUAAGGCAAGAAGCUGCAAAAUGGGCGUGCUUAUUAGAUGUUAAAGAGUGUAAGAAAGAAGCCAACAAUAAAUUAUCGUUAUAUCUUGCACACCCAAAUAAUCAUAAAAUUUUGCCAUGGUGGAAGAAAUGGACGUAUUGUAAUGGUUUGAGUUCGUUUAAGGAAAACUACACUUUGCAAAACAUAAAUUUUGAAUUCUCGAAUUGCGUUCAAGAUAUUGAUUUCAUUAAAUACUAUUUAAGAAACAUGAAAAAUAUACUUAUGGAUUCGAGUUCGAAAACUUAUAAUUUAAGACUGCAAACUGUUAAUAGUUAUUUUACUCUUAUUACGAAACAAAUUAAAAUCAAUAUUGUACGUGAAUUCAUAUUAAGUAAUUUCGAAGAAGUAAUAUCCAGACAAGUCAACACAAUUGCAACAUUAACUGUUAUUAUUAAUAAUUUAUAUACUGAUAAACAACUUACCGAGUUAGAAAAUUUUGUAAAGAAGGAUAUGAAGAGAGAUAGGCUAGUGUUUCCACAUUGCCCAGCAAUGUGCCAAAUAUAUGAGGAAGCAACUAUAUUAAAAAUGCAGAGAAAGAUAGAGAAACGUCGUUUACAAAUCCAGUAUCUGCAUUCCUUCUUAGAGACUUUUCUCUAUGAAUGAAAUUAGCAAAAAGUAAGAAAACUAGAGCGCAAACGUGUGUAAUAUCAUGCGCGUGCACGUAUCACAUUUGUAUUAUAAAAGUUUUCUAUAUAGCUCUUAUUUAUUUUUAUUUAUUAUUAUUAAUUAUUUAUUAUAUUAUUUUUAUCAUUAGAAUUAUUUUAUUAAAUUAAAAAGCCUAUUAAUGAUGCACUUGCAUUGACAAGAACAUUUUUCAAAAUGAAAUAAUUUUCUUAUAAACAAAAAAACAUUUAAAUCAUACAGCUAUUUACACAAAGAAUUAUAUUUCUUAAAUUAUUCUUAAAUAUUUCUUAAUUUUACAAUCAAAUCUUUAUAGAAAAUAAACAUGUAUCAGUAUUAUAUAUAUAUCAGUAGUAUUACACUCAAGAGCGUGAUUAUGCAUUUUAAAUUAAAUUCUUGUUUGUGAACUAGGCAUACAUUUUUAAUUUAUUAAUUAAAUUUAUUAUUUUAAGUUUAUAAUUAAAAUGUCUUAA